AUGGCCGACGCAGACAUAGAGGCCAACAUCGACCUCCUACUCAGUUUUGGAGCGGAUCAGCUGGACAGAAAUGAAGCCCGACAGCUUCUCGCGAAUCAUGGCCAAAGUGUCGAGGCCGCCAUGGACAAAUACUUCACCAGCAUGGAGCAAGGAGGCAUACAAUCUCUAAAGACCCACCUGCGCAAUUCGCAAGCCAAGUGGGACGAGACUGCCUUUGCGGGGGCCGGCUAUGGUAUCGACGACACAAACGUUCCCACAUUCAAUAUUGACUAUGCUCCAGGCCACGAGAAUUACCCACAUAGCAACAUCAAUAGCAGAGCUCCCACACGGCCGCCUUCACGGACGAGUGUCGCCUCCACACAAGCUCAAGCCGGCGACGCGCCUAUACAAAGCAUAGAGGGUCAAGAAACAGGUGUCACCGGUUCCAACACCAUCUUUGGGCCAGCCAUGAGAGACAAUUACGAUACGUCUCAGUGGGCCUUGGUACCAACCGCGACCGAAAUCAUUGCCGACCCCAUCCCCAGUCAACGCAAGCGCGAAGAAGGAGAGCCCGCGAUCCUCAAGCCAUCGUCCAACUUCAACUACCUUCCCAACCUCAUUCCUAUCCUCCAUUCGAUACCGCUGUUCCGAAAUGCGCUGCUAUGUCCGGGUAUUACAAAAGACGAUUACUGGCAGGGCGACGAAUGGUGGAAAGGCAAUCCCAAGUCGGCCUCGCGCAUCUUUGAUGCAAGUGUUGGGCUGUCCGAGUCGUACAAUUUAGAAAUACUUCACGAAGCGCAGCGGAUGAUGGCUUUCCUGGAUAAAACCGAGCGGAUCUAUGGAUCGGUGAACGGACUACUUGAGAGUGAGGCCUGGAGAGAAUUACCGUCGACUGUCGAGGACCCAGACGAUGAUCUGCUCAAGUUCCUUGUGUUAUGGGGCUUCGCGUUCGAGAGCCAUAUGCCUAAUGCUGAGUUGAACGGUACUCUUCGGUCUACAGUGGACGUCGCGGAUAGCACCCCAGAGAGCUUUGUGCUCGAUGCUGUGGUAACACGCGAUCCAUCUCGGCCUGACUUUAGCUUGUACGACGUCUUGGACGACUCGCUGUUCUCUGUGGCUGUGGGUAGUGCGCACAUCCGCGAACCCAGUAACGUCCUGAUACUACGACUAUCCUCAUCGAAUACAGAGGCAUCUGACCUAGGCAUUCGCAUUCCAGCUACCCUCUAUAUCGAUCGAUAUCUCCAACAAAAUAAGCAUGUCAUCGAUGGCAUGUACAGCGAUAUCAGGCAGCACGAGGAACAACUGAACGUUAUCAAGUCGCAUGUGGAGAAGCUGAAGUAUUACACCCCGAACAAAGCAGGCGCGAAAAAGCUGGACUCCCUACAGUUACUCAAAACGAGCAUGACUGCAUUUGAGCCUGCAAAGUCUGGUAGUUCUCCAGAGGAUGCGUCAACGUUGGCCAAACUACAAGAGCUAUACAGUAGCAUCGAAAGCAAGCUUGCAACCCUCGAGGAGCAGACUGAACAAGCGCAGAAGGCCAUCGCAGGCAUCUCCGGACGCUUCAAGCCACGCGUAGACGACAGUACUGACACUACGGCGACCACAAGGGAUGAGAAUGCCAUGGACACCACUACCGAAACUACUGAGAAUGUGGCCGAAAAGCUCUCUGAGCCUGUCGAGGUUGAAUACCCAGCCGGGCAAGCUCCUGAAGAUGCCAUGAACCGUCCCUACGAACUCUGGGGUGUAGCCACCCGCCGUGACGUAGUCUACAUCCGACACCCCGAUAUAAACUCCAACACUCCCAAUGCAACACAAUGGUGGCGCAUGCAAUACGAUAGUGAAUCUGCCAACCCCAUCAUCCGACGCGACCGUCUCUCCCUAUCCGAAGUCAUCGAACGCGCAACCACGGAAUCCGCCUCUGCGCUCCUUGUCUAUGCAAAUGACGCUGCUACGACUGCCGAUCCCCUCCCAAUACCCAAGGCUCUCGAGGACUUUGCUAAGAAGGAUAAUUUGAACUUUCUGAGAGAGUUGCAGGAGAGUCGUACCGGCUGGGAAGAUUAUGGCGGUGACUACGGAAACGUGGCACAAGGGGGGUGGGACGACACUAUGCAUCCUACGUCCCAUGCUAAUCCUUCCUUCGAUGAAGGAGUGGAUGAGAACGGAUGGAGUGAGAUUAGUGCCAAGGAGUUUUCUAGCAGUACUGGUGGUCGCCCACGGAACGAUUCGAACAUGAGUUCUGCGACGCUAACGCCGAAUACGGAAAUUGAGGAUGAUGAGCAGCAGCAAAUAGUGGAGACGGGUGCUCGGGGCGCAACCAAUAUGAGUAAUGCUAGUAGCGAGACUGUGGGUCGCGGGGAUGAUGUGAUGGAUUUGGAUGGGGAGAGUCAGAAGUUGCAGAGUCAGGUUAGGUUCUCGGAUGUGGAUAUGGAGGAUGUGGGUGGUAGGGAUGAUGGGUUGAGGACGCAGCAUAUUGAGGUUUCGGAGAAAAAGGGUGGCUAG